CGGUUCCGUCCCUCUUCCGUCUUGUGCUGUGGUGAGCGCGUGUGCCCCGGAGCGAGCCUCGGCACACAUCUUAUUUAAAAAAAUCAAAAAUACAAAAAAAAUUACAAAACAGAAAAUCAACAAAAAAUCUACUUCCGUCUUUGUAACCGAGAGCUGGUGAAGCCGCAGCGGGAUUCUCGGCUUCCGCUCCCGGAGCAGAUCGGCGUGUGGAGUUAGCGGAACUAGCGGCGCGCUGCUCUGAGGAGAUUAGCUGAGUGAGCUAACCCGUUAGCAUUAGCGAGAGCGGACUGGGAGCCUGGGCUUUCCGCUUUUUACCCUUUUAUCUUUUCGCUGAAAAUCCCGUCGUGAUCCGAACCGGCUUGUUUGUGUUAAAAGUUCACUGUCAGCGCAGUUUCCGCAGUUACUGAGUGUUUAAAUUCGCCCGCUCGCUGUGUGGCCUAAACCGAGCUCCGCGCGUUUCCGCUCGGUCAGUGGGAGGGACAGUCGGUGGAGAUGAACCCCAGCGCUCCCAGUUACCCCAUGGCGUCUCUGUAUGUGGGAGACCUGCACCCUGACGUCACCGAGGCCAUGCUGUACGAGAAGUUCAGCCCCGCGGGUCCCAUCCUCUCCAUCCGGGUGUGCAGGGACAUGAUGACCCGCCGCUCGCUCGGAUACGCCUACGUCAACUUCCAGCAGCCCGCCGACGCUGAGCGAGCUUUGGACACGAUGAACUUCGAUGUGAUUAAGGGACGUCCUGUUCGGAUCAUGUGGUCCCAGCGAGACCCCUCACUGAGGAAGAGUGGUGUUGGGAACAUCUUCAUCAAGAACCUUGACAAGUCCAUCGAUAACAAGGCUCUCUAUGACACCUUCUCAGCCUUUGGGAACAUCCUGUCUUGCAAGGUGGUGUGUGAUGAAAACGGCUCUAAGGGUUACGGCUUUGUGCACUUUGAGACCCACGAGGCUGCAGAGAGAGCGAUAGAGAAAAUGAACGGCAUGCUGCUCAACGAUCGCAAAGUGUUUGUUGGACGCUUUAAAUCCCGUAAAGAGCGUGAGGCUGAGAUGGGAGCUCGAGCCAAAGAGUUCACAAACGUUUACAUUAAGAAUUUUGGGGAGGACAUGGACGAUGACAAACUCAAAGACAUCUUCAGCAAGUUCGGGCCUGCACUGAGUAUUCGGGUCAUGACUGAUGAGAGUGGAAAAUCUAAAGGAUUCGGCUUCGUGAGCUUUGAGAGGCACGAGGACGCACAGAGAGCUGUGGAUGAGAUGAAUGGAAAGGAGUUAAAUGGUAAACAGGUGUACGUGGGCCGGGCGCAGAAGAAAGGUGAGAGACAGACUGAACUAAAACGCAAGUUUGAACAGAUGAAGCAGGACCGCAUGACACGCUACCAGGGUGUGAACUUGUAUGUGAAGAAUCUGGAUGAUGGUCUGGAUGAUGAACGUCUUCGCAAAGAGUUCUCACCUUUCGGAACCAUCACCAGCGCCAAGGUGAUGAUGGAGGGUGGUCGCUCGAAAGGGUUUGGUUUCGUUUGUUUCUCGUCCCCGGAGGAAGCCACAAAGGCAGUGACGGAGAUGAACGGCAGGAUUGUAGCCACUAAGCCGCUGUAUGUUGCUCUGGCGCAGCGUAAAGAGGAGCGCCAGGCUCACCUCACCAACCAGUACAUGCAGAGGAUGGCGAGUGUGCGUGCCGUCCCGAACCCGGUUCUCAACCCCUACCAGCCUGCACCUCCGUCUGGGUACUUUAUGGCUGCCAUUCCUCAGGCUCAGAACAGAGCUGCCUAUUACCCAAGCAGUCAGCUGGCUCAACUCCGCCCGAGUCCCCGCUGGGCCACACAGAAUGUCCGCCCACAGCAUUUCCAGAACAUGCCGAAUGCGAUCCGUCCCACAGCGCCACGCCCACAGACCUUCGGUGCCAUUCGCCCAACAACCAAUCAGGUGCCACGCAUGAUGACAUCACAGCGCAUGGCAUCUCAGCCGUUGGGGCCACGCCCAGCCAGUGCAGGAGCAGCUACAGCCGCAGCACCAGUGCGAGCGGUGCAGCAGUACAAGUACACACCUGGAGUACGCAACACACAACAACACCUGGCCACACAAGUACCCCUGCCACAGGCUGCAGUGCAUGUACAGGGUCAGGAGCCUCUCACUGCCUCCAUGCUGGCUGCCGCCCCCCCACAGGAGCAGAAACAGAUGCUGGGUGAGCGUCUGUUCCCGUUGAUCCAGAACAUGCACCCAAGUCUGGCUGGGAAAAUCACUGGCAUGCUGUUGGAGAUUGACAACUCGGAGCUGCUGCACAUGCUCGAGUCUCCUGAGUCACUGCGCUCCAAGGUGGAUGAGGCGGUGGCUGUGCUGCAGGCUCACCAGGCGAAGGAGAACGCUCAGAAAUCAGUGAACAGUCCUACUGUUCCUGCGGUUUAAUCACCGACAAAGAGCUUUAAUGAGAACCAGAAUAAUUCCCUCUGCACUCAGUGGCUUCACCAAGACUUGGAGAAGGAAACGAAAUAAUUAAACACCCAGGAAAGAAAAAACCCUGAAAAAAAGAAACAAAAAAUAAAUUUCAGAUACAAAAAUCACUGCCAGGUCAAAACACAGACCUUGACUAUAGAUUAAAAUAUACACAAAAAAAAGUAAAAAUUGAUUUCAUUGAUCAUUCUUUUUUGUUUUUAUUUGUGUGUGUGUGUGUGUGUGUGUGUGUGUGUGUGGGGUACUCGAUAGCUGAGCUUUGGGACCAUGUGAAUUGGGUUAAUAAAGAUUGAAACCUUU